CAACAGUGGCCGUGUCCCUGGCAGCGGGUGGCAGGCAGCCCAGGUGGAAAACGUGGUGGCCUUCUCCUGACCUCGAGCAAUUUCCCUCGUGCUUCCCGUGAAGGAGACGUGGCUGGUGAGCGGGAUGCAGCAGGCGGUGGCUGCUGGCAGGAGCAGGCCCGUUCCCUCGCUGCGGCGCUCCCAGAGCAGGCUCACCGCCGACUCCUUCUGCGUACACCGCAUCAUCAAGGACCCCGAGUGGUCCCUCACCGCCGUCCCUCGGCUCACCGAGCUCUGCCUCCAGCACAUCAUCCACAAUUUCACCCAGAACCCUAUUUUAGACCGUCUCCUGCCUGAGCACCAAAGGAAGGUGCUGGACAGGCUCCCCACUGGCCUUCCGCUCGCGGUCACUGCCAACCUAGUAAGUGAUGAGGACUACUGGAAGCGGUGCUGCACUGAGCGCUGGCAAGUGUGUGACAUCUCCAGCUAUGGGGGCAGCUGGAAACGGAUGUUCUUUGAACGUCACCUGGAGAACAUCCUGAAAAGUUUUGUCCCCAACAACACGGACCCCAACCAGGUUCUGGAGCUCAUCCCGCUCUGCAAAGACUAUGUGCGGAAACUGGAGGUUGAUCAGUUCCUGCCGCCGCUGAAGGUGGAUCCAAAGGAGGAGGCAGAUGACAUCUCUGAUUCAGGGAGUGAUCUGGGGUUUGGCGAGGUCCCCAUGCAUCACUACGACCUGGGAGCCCUCGUUACUGCUCUCCCUUACCUUGAAGAGCUUCAUCUUACUUAUGGUGUGAAGGACUGCGGCAUGAACUUCGAGUGGAACCUCUUUAAGUUCACCUACCAGGACUGCUGCAACCUGGCUGGUGCCGUGAAGAAGUGUCACAAAUUGAAGGUUUUCAAGCUGACACGCAGCAACGUGGAUGACGACAAGACCAGGCUGCUGGUCCGCAGCUUGCUGGAUCACCCCUCCUUGGUGGAGCUAAACUUGUCCCACAACCUCAUCGGGGACACGGGGACACAAGCUGUCGGCAAGCUGAUCAACCGCAGCAAAUUAGAAACCCUGGAUCUGUGUAACAACAAGAUCCGUCACGCGGGGGCUCAGGCCCUCGCCCAGGCCCUGGCUCAGAACUGCACCCUGACCUCCCUGAAUCUGCGCCUCAACUACCUGGAGGACGAGGGUGGGGAGGCGAUGGGCCGUGCCCUGCUGGCCAACACCACCCUGAAGUCCAUUCACCUGGGCAGUAACAUGCUGUCGGAGCCAAGCGCUGCGCUGUUCUCCCAGGUCCUUGCUCAGAACGCCACCCUGACGUGCAUCAACUUGUCGUGCAACCACAUAGGGCCGGACGGUGGCAAGCAGCUGCUGGAAGGGCUGGCGGGCAACAAGACGCUGACCGAGUUCGACCUCCGCCUGGCAGAGGUGGGCCAGGAGAGCGAGUUCCUCAUCGGGCAGAUGCUGUGGGCCAACCGGCACGCCGCCCGGCUGGGACCUCAGCCGCAGCCGCCAGCCGGGCCCCUCUGACCAGGAAGCUGCAGAAAGCUCCCCAGCCCCUGCCCUCGGAGCAGCACGGGGGCUCCGGCUCUCUCCCAGCUCUGACCACGACCCGUGCCCACAGACCCACCGCUGACAGCCGCCUCCGUGAAUCAUCUGAAACUUUUAUUACACCGAUUUGGUUUACAAUCUUUGUACUUUGAUAUUUCCAACAAAAAAGGCAACAUUGUGAUAUACUGUUUGUACAUAUAGAGAGAGACGGAGAGAGCUAGAUCAUAUCGACAUAGCUGAAAAGUAAAAACUGUUCCCAGUGCUCACAA